AUGGCGCCGACUCCAGCCUCCACCACAUCGUCGAGCGCUGGAGGGCACUCCCCUGAUACCCAGUACCGGGUGGUGCGGAAGAGGAAUCGUGUUCCCCUGUCGUGUGGACCAUGUCGGCAUAGGAAGUUGAAAUGUAAUCGGUCGUACCCAUGCGAGAACUGCACUCGAAGAGGUGACGCCUCCUCAUGCUCAUAUGCUGCACCGGGUACACGAAAGAAGAACCAAGUUCAAGGAACAACUAGCCCUGAUGAUAUGCAAAACCGCAUUGACCGUUUAGAAGGCCUGGUGCUGUCGUUGAUGACCAAUGGAUCGCAGUCUGCUGGCCCGGCCGCAGCAGCGGCUGCUAUCUCCCGCUCGCAGAGCGAUGUUACUAGCUCCUCCUUUCGACAUGAUGUGGACCCUGAACAUGGUGAAAACGUCAAGAGAGAAGAUGGGGACGAGGAUAGUGACGUUGAUGGUGUAGCUAACUCUCUCGGUAUUUUAAAAGUCGAUCCAGAUAAGGGGAAGACCCUUUAUAUGGGAGAUUCUCAUUGGCAUUUGGUAUUAGCAGAUAUCGCCGAAGUCAAAAAUUAUUUCACGUCGCAUAAGAAAGAGCUCGAAAAGAAUUACGAGAAGAUCAAGCAGUCUAAACCGAGUACUGCAAUGGAUGGACCAGCGUUUCUCUUCAGUGCACAUAGCUCGGCGACAGACCAAGAACUACGUGCAGAAUUACCUCCCAAGUCAGCCGUCGAUAAGCUUGUGACUCGUUAUUUCAACUCUUACGAUCCAGCCGUACACAUCCUCCACUCACCUACGUUCCACAAGCAACUCCAGGCUUACUGGCAGGACCCAUCGAAAACGUCAAUAGUGUGGGUUGGGUUACUCUAUUCCGUUCUCUGCCUUGCGAUGCAGUCGUAUCACAAGAUUGGGGAUGAGCCUCUCGAGUGGAAAGGCCGCACACUUGAACUGGCUGCUGAGUAUCGGCUGCGUACCGUUCAAUGCCUUGUUAAUUCCGACUACACAAAAUCAUCUCUAUAUACGCUCGAGACCCUUAUCCUCUAUGUUCACGGUGAGUACACAAGUCGGUGGGAUGCCGAGGUAGGGAUCUGGGUCAUAGUAGGCAUAAUCGUUCGUCUGUCAAUGCGGAUGGGCUAUCACCGAGAUCCAAGUAAUUUCUCCGGCAUCACCCCCUAUCAUGGCGAGUUCCGGCGUCGAGUAUGGGCUUUUAUACGUCAGAUGGACACGAUGUUCUCGUUCCACCUUGCUCUCCCCGGAAUGAUAAGAAAUACUGAUACCGAUACUGCCCUACCUCGGAAUAUCUUCGAUGACGAGUUCGGUCCGGAAUCGAGAGAAUUACCCCCGGCGCGACCCAGCACUGAGCCAACCCCCGUAUCGUACAUGAUCACCAAAGCUCAGAUCUCGUUCGAAUUUGGCUCUAUCCUCGAGGAGAUCAACGCUGUGAACGGAAAACCUGUAAGUUAUGAUGAUAUCUUGAAGCGUGACAACCGGUUGCGAGAUUUAAGGAAUAACAUGGCCCCUCACCUACGACUGCGCCCGAUGGAGGAGUGCACGCAUGAUCCUGCAACGCUGCUCAUGCAGAGGUUCAGUCUGGAUAUACUGUGGCAGAAGACAAUAUGCGUGCUCCAUCGUAAGUACCUUGCUCGGGCACGACAGAAUCCUCGGUACGCCCAUUCUCGCCGAGCGUGUGUCGAUGCUUCUAUGGAGAUCCUUCGUGCCCAGGCUCAACUCCAUCGAGAAAUCCAACCAGGCGGUCGGAUGCGAACGAUGAAAUGGUUCAUCUCAUCGCUUGCAAAGCACGACUACCUUCUGGCGGCCAUGAUCGUCUGCCUAGAACUACAUUAUGAUUCAGUGUCGGAGUCGAUGGCUGAGCCUCCCCCGCAUCAUGAUCCAUACUUCUGGAGCCCGUCUCAACGUGCGGAUAUGCUCCAUACGCUUGAGACAUCCCAGCAGAUCUGGAAAGAAUCUGCCGAGUCCUCUAUGGAGGCAUAUAAGGCAUCGAAUGUCCUUGGCAUCAUGCUCGAAAAGUUGAGAUCUCCUCCCCAACCCAAGCCGGCAGAGCAGCCCACCCCAGCCGAGGUAUUUGGACAGUUUGAUGAGGCGAAUCUGGAGCCUGAACACUCGGCCGCCAUGACCUUGGGGAUGCUCUCCGGCGGCCUAUCCCCAAGUUCCGCUGCCAUGUUCAACAGUGCCACGGGGCCGUCGCCACGGGGUACAACAUCGUAUGGCAACUUUGACACUGGCAUGGGCGACUCCUCUGCCAGCACCGGAAUGGCGCAUGGCUUCCCUAUGGAUCCUUCUAACCCCUUCGCUUCUCUGAAUAAUGUGGCGUCACCAUUUACCAUCUUUGGCAACGCAGGGACCGGCUCCGGCAUGAUGGACAUGCCGACGAAUCUGGACUGGGAAGCAUGGGACUCAUACAUCCAGAACGGGAACACGCUAGACCCCGCGUUCCAGUUCUACCAAGCCACUGACCAGUCUCAACUGAGCCAGGAAGAGCAACAGCAACAGCAGCAGCAGCAGCAGCAAGCCGAUGCGUCGGCCUAUGGCAAUGGCGUUUUCAUGGGGGCGUACACGCCAGGGCGAUGA